GCUUCUUUCAACAGCACAACAGUUAGUCAGACACCACGGUUGCUUGCUAGACAAAAUAGCCGAACCAAUAAAGCUCGUUAGACGCUUUAGUGUAUAUUAGCCACUGUGUUUUAAACCCACUAUUGUCGUAUAGUUAGUUAUCCGAUUUAUUUUCAUAUUUACGUUGUUGUUAUUAGUCAGUUAGCCGACUGGUUUAGUUAGCAUUAGCCUAGCUAGCUAAUAUCUCCGACCAUGAGUUCACUAAGCUACUCUUUUCCUGCUAAAGAAGGGGAGGUCUGCUGGACAGAGAAAGAAGCUCCCGUGAAAGAGGAGGACGAAGAGGUGGAUAUCUCAGUAAAACAAGAAGUAGAGGAUGAGGCCGUUACUGUGAAAGAAGAGGAAGACGCGUUCAGAGUGAAAGAGGAGGAGGAUGCAGUUUAUGGAGUGAAAGAGGAGGAGGAAACUGGAUAUCUGGGCCCGGUUUCUCAAACGCAUCUCAAUAAGGCAUCCAAUGGUUCUAACGAUGAAUUUAGCCAUAAGAUGGUUUUGAGAAACCGUUCCCUGAUUAACACUAGAGUGAUACGGGACUAUCAUGGAUCCUCUGGGGAGCCUCAACAACCUCAUGAUAAUGACGAGGCAGAGAAGAGUCUCUCCAGAUCAGAACUCCUCAAGAAACACCUGCAGAGACCCACAGGGAAGAUAAUUCACCGCUCUGACUGUGGGAAGAGAUUCACCUCAUCAGCAGGCAUUAGAAUUCAGCAGAGAAUCCACACAGUAGUGAAAUCUUAUUGCUGUACUCAAUGUGGGAAGAGUUUUAAAACAUCUAGCCAUCUUAUUGUACACCAGAGAAUACACACAGGAGAGAAAUCUUAUAGCUGUGAUCAAUGUGGGAAGAGUUUUAUUCAGCUAAGCAACCUGAUACCACACCAGAGAAUACACACAGGAGAGAAACGUUAUAGCUGUGAUCAAUGUGGGAAGACUUUUACUCACGUUAGCACCCUGAUAUCACACCGGAGAAUACACACAGGAGCAAAACCGUAUAGCUGUGAUGAAUGUGGGAAGAGUUUUGCUAGGUCGAGCCAUCUGACUCUUCACCAGCGAACACACACAGGAGAGAAACCUUAUAGCUGUACUCAAUGUGGGAAGAGUUUUACUCAUUCAACCAGCCUAUUACACCAGAGAACACACACAGGAGAGAAACCUUAUAUCUGUGAUCAAUGUGGGAAGUGUUUUACUCAGCUAAGCAGCCUGAUAUCACACCAGAGAACACACACAGGAGAGAAACCAUACAGCUGUGAUGAAUGUGGGAAGAGUUUUACUGAGUUGAGCAGUCUGACUGUACACCAGAGAAUACACACAGGAGAGAAACCCUUUAGCUGUACUCAAUGUGGGAAGUUUUUUUAUACAUCUAGCCAUCUGAAGAUACACCAUCGAAGACACACAGGAGAUAAAUCUUAUAGCUGUACUGUAUGUGGGAAGAGUUUUGUUCAAUCUGGGGGACUGAAGGUACACCAGCGAACACACACAGGAGAGAAACCUUAUAGCUGUAAUCAAUGUGAGAAGAGUUUUGUUCGAUCUGGGGAACUGAAGAUACAUCGGAGAACACACACAGGAGAGAAACCCUAUAGCUGUACUCAAUGUGGGAAGAGUUUUGUUCAAUCUAACCAACUGAAGAUACACCAUAGAACACACACAGGAGAGAAACCUUAUAGCUGUGAUCAAUGUGACCAGAGAUACUCUGAUAAAAGAUAUCUGAUUAAACAUCAGAAAAUACAUGCAUGAAGGAGUUUUUUUCAUGAUAUCAAACAUUGUAGAAGGAGUAUUUUAAUGUCACAAUGUAGAAUGUUUUAACAUUGUAGGAGUAUUUGGUUGCUGAUUGUCUCAAGGGUGGGCAAAAAGUUUUGUGUUUAGCCAGUGCAUCACUAUUUAUUUUGACUGCAAGUUUUUCCGUAUUGGAGAUGAGUUUUGUUUGGGCUCCUUCCAAGGGGACGAGAGUUCUAGAAGCUAGUGAGUUUUAGGAGGACGAGAGUUCUAGAAGCUAGUGAGUUUUAGGAAGACGAGAGUUCUAGAAGCUAGUGAGUUUUAGGAAGACGAGAGUUCUAGAAGCUAGUGAGUUUUAGGAAGACGAGAGUUCUAGAAGCUAGUGAGUUUUAGGAAGACGAGAGUUCUAGAAGCUAAUGAUUUUUAGGAUUCUAUAGAAAGAAAAAGAAAAGAUACGAUUGUAUAUUAUUAUUUAGAAAUACAUGUUUUUUCUUGUUUUUAAUUGUUGACAGCCAGUAGAAACCAUAUUUAUAUUCUAGGAGGUGAAGCAUUGUAGUUGGAUAUAAUGUGAAAUGGAAGUUCUGUUGGUGGUGCAAACUUUUCCAACAACUGUUAUAGGAUAUAUUUGUUGUCUUAAGGGGGAAAGUGUUACUGGCUUUGGUUUUUCCAUUUAUGUUUUGAGGUUGGAUUUCAGCACGUCUAGCUCGUUAGUACGUAUAGCUUGUUAGCACGUAGGGCGCACUGAUUUGUGUCACCUCGUUUAUCAGUUAUUUUGUUUGCCUCCUCUUGGGCCGAUUUAGUGGGUCUCAUGGUGGGUGACUUUUAUGUCCCAGUUGUUGUUACUAGUAAGUGGACAGUGACAAAAUUGCAAGAUUAUGUUAUAAUCCUUUUAUUGCAUCAAAUGGUUGUUUUAUGCAACAGAAUAGAGGGUUCUUAGAACUAUAGUGUCUGUGUUCUACCGAGGAUGGGCAUCUGGGAGAAAACAAUGACAGGAGAUUUACAAUGUAUUUUGGGUGAUAUAACCUAAAGUGACCGCAUUCCAGAGUAUGAGUUAAUGUUUCUGUUGUCUAUGGUACCAGGGAGAGAUGACCCCAGGGCCAGAUCCUGGUCUCAACACAGAGUUUUUACUGUUUUUACAGUAGAUACUGUCUGCUGAGAAUUAUAACUAUAUUUGAUAGAAAUCAUGUAGGUUGAAAGGGGUGUAUCUUGGCUGUAAAAGACCUUUGUACUUUUGUAUCGUGGCUCUCAAUUAAUCAUCUGGGGGUGAUUUGUCCACCAGCCAUCAUUAUCAUAGAGCACUUAAUUGAUUCACUUUAUGUGUGCGUUGUAUUGACCUGCUCCCUUAUUAUUAAGUGAAUAAAGAUUUAGAUUAAGAAUAA